AUGAAUCACACUGAUUCUCUUCGUCACGCAUUUGAUAUCAAAAAAGCGGUCGACGCUGAAUUAUCUAUUCAUGAUGGAUUCGAAUCGCACAUUUUUAAGAUUGGAUCUUACAAUCAGGAAGUCAGCCAUGUAUUCCGUCUUCCAUAUGACGGUGAUGCUAUGGCUCUUUUGAUUCUGAGCACUCCAAAUAUGUUCGAUGUUGCGUUUCGAAAAUGGAUUGUUGAAAAAACAAUGGAGUACGGAUCUUUUGAGGCACUCGCGGAAAAUUGUUCUUCUCCAAUUCAAGAAUUUCUGAAUGACCGUCUCCAACGAUGUUUAGAUAAAAUAUCUCCAAUUGAAAAUGAUAUCGUCGUCAUGCAUGAUUACUCGAUGACCCCCCAACGUCGUCCACUUAUUCUCAUGCAAACUUGUGGACAUGUCGCUGGAGCUGCCUUCUAUUAUCAACCUCGACGAUUUUCAAAAGGACAGCAGUGGCCGCCAACGACUGAAUUGGAUUCUGAUAGAAAGUUCAUAGGACUCAGUUUGCAUCCAAUAUACGGCGGACACUUUGCUUUCCGAACUGUCCUCAUAUUCCCAAACGUUCAUAUUCCAGAAUAUAAGGAGCCCGAAACCCUGAGAAUUUUGACAAAUAUUGAUGAGAUACGCGUUGCUCUGGAAAAAUUCAACUACAAUUACAAAGAUUCAGGAUUCAGAGAUUUUGGAACUCCGAAGUAUCGUUAUUCAGAGACGCAAGUUGAAUAUUUUGGCCGACCUGUUGCUGAUCGUUGGGAAGUACUUAGACCAUGGGUUGAAGGAGCUCGAGAAAUUGAAGAAAUUCAAAAAAAUAAUCGAUGA